AUGAGUCAUUCCCGUCGUUAUCGUGAAAUUAAAGAGAAAAUUGCUGAUAAUAAGCACUACAAUUUAGCCGAAGCAGUGGACUUUCUGCGAAAUAACAAUCCCGAAAGAUUAAAAAACAUCAAAGCCAUUAAAAAUGAAAGAAAAGUUGCAGUAAUCAAAGAAGGGUUGCCAGAAGAUAUUUUGAAAGAGUGUCAAAAUAUUAAGGAAGUAGAAUUAUUAACGGUCGCCGAAGUUCGGCAAAAACCACUACAAAAAUUAUUAGGUCCCAAGGGUCUUUACCCAACUAAAAAAAACGGCUCAUUAACCGAAAACAUAUUAGAAGAAAUCAAGAAAUUUCAGCAAGGAGAAAUCGAAGUAAAAACCGAUAAGGGCGGCAAUAUUCACGCCGUAAUUGGUAGUUGUGAUUUUAGUUCCAAACAAUUAGAGGAGAACUAUAAAAUAAUGUAUGAUAAGAUAACUGAGUUAAAGCCGACCGGUUGGAAAGGUGAUUUUCUGAAAAAUAUUACUCUUUCUACUACCAUGGGUCCCGGGUUAAAAAUACUAAAAUAG